CGCAGUGCGGAUACUGAAUGUGACUCUACCGUUACCAUGACGAUAUCUGAAGGAUUUCUUGGAGUGUUGGCCUGUGCCCUCCUCCUCCUCUUCGUUAGCGUUGCCGGGGAUGAUGGAGCAGAGGGUUUUGAGACGUGGUUUACUACCAACAAAGAUGAAAUGGAAAACACUCCAAUAUAUUUUGAUAACCCACUUCCUAAAUGGCUGAAAGGAACACUGAUCAGGAACGGACCUGGUCAGUUUGAGAUGGGGCAGAGGAAGUUUCUCAACGCAAUAGACGGGUAUGCUAAACUUUCUAGCUGGGCUUUCCCUGGGAAUGGCUCUGCAUAUUUUUCAACCAAAUUUAUCAGAUCAAAGUCCUAUGUAAAUGCAGUAUCAAAAGAUGACAUCUUGCCAUUCCUUUCGUUUGAUGCAGUAGACCCGCCAUUUAACGAUUUUCAAAAACUGGAAUCUGUUCUAAAUGAGCUUGACAACAUGAAUGUGAAUGUAUAUAAGUUCCUGGACCAGGGUAAACCCGUGUUCGCAGCAUUGUCAGACACUUGGAAGUUGUACGAAGUCAAUGAGUCUCUUACUACGUUAAAGUCAGUGAACGUACCACAUCCGGAAAAGGUACCAGCCGAAAAUGUGGGGUUCAUAACGUCCAUGUCAUGUGCACAUCCUGUAAACGAGUACGGUUCAUCAGACACGUAUUUUAAUUUUUACACAAGUUUAAGUUUAACCCCCGGAGUAAAACACAGAUUAACUCUUGUCCGGAUAAAAUCGAUGGUCGAUCGACAAGUUAUAGCAGAAUGGGAGACGGAUAAAGCAGCGUAUAUGCAUUCAUUCUCUGUUACGCCGAAUUACGUCAUCUUUUUCGUCGCGCCCUAUUACAUUAAUAUUGAAGAACUUCUAAUGCAUGCAUCCGUAAAAGACGGGCUGGAUUGGUUUUCUAAAGAAAAUACAUCCGUAUAUAUCGUAAAUAUAAAAACAGGCCAAAUCCAUGAUAUGGCUAUCCCGAAUAUGAUGGCGCUACAUCAUAUCAACGCAUUUGAAUUUCCAGACGGUAGGAUUGUCGUGGACGUAGCAGCCCAUAGAGACCCAUUCUUUUCAACUGCCUUCAAGAUGUCGACUAUUCAUAACGCCACGGCACGCGCAAGUAUCAAAACGACAAACUUAGUAAAAAGGUUCAUUUUUGAUAUUGAAAGAAACCGAUAUACGGAACAAACGUUCAAAGAUUCUGACAAGUAUCAAUGUGCGUCGAAGCUGGAGGUACCGACAGUUAACGAGAACUACCGAUCUAAGCCGUACUGUUUUGUCUACGGGGGAGUGUACAAUUAUGACGGAAAGGACUUUGCUCAUAUUCCUCUCGUGAAAAAAGACCUUUGCAGUCAACAGGGAGACAAAGCACUUUACAUUCCUAACCACUAUCCUACAGAGGCCUGGUUCAUACCUCUACCGCCAGAGGUCGCUAAGACAGAGGACGACGGUUAUCUGAUAUCUUCAUUCCUUGACGGAACAACGAAGCAGAGCUAUGUUGCAAUCAUUGACCCUAAAAACAUGACAAUCACCCAUAAGGCCAUGCUUCCAACGGUUGUUCCGUUUACCAUUCAUGGACGCUUCUUUCAAGAUAGUGUAUGAAACAUCUUUAGUAUAUACAUACAUGUACAUUCAAUUACUGCAAAAAUGGACAUUUUCGCGGUGUUGAAAUGCAUGCAUGUUCUUCGUUAAGGAAAUUAGCGAUUAAUUAAGUUUUAUAUAGAUAUAUAAAAUAUAUAUAUAUCUAAGACCUAAUGCACUAGCAACCAUUUAAACACAACGGUGAGUUUACAGAGUUACAACGCGAACAUUUCCAGACGGGAGAAUGCCUUCUUUUACGGUACAUUUAGGAUGAGUGAUUUUUUGUUCUACAUCAGGAAUAUGAUUUAACAAUGAUUUGUUUUAUCAGUUUUAACUACUGAGACUGUUGGCAAGUCACGAGGAUAAAAACAAAUAUGUAGUGAACAAAAACGUGGGUCUAAAGUACAGUCGAACCUCGUUAUCUCGAAGUCGACGGGAUCGUUGGGAAACUUCGAGUUAUCCGAGUAUUCGAGUUAAGCGAGUUCCUAUGUUUGGCAUAAAGCUUGGUAAAGUGUUUGGUCCAAUAUGAGGCUAUAUAUGUCAUUGAUUUCUCUGACAAUCAACGUAUUUAAACAGUCGAUAAAUGACAAAAAGAUAACU